UAUCAAUUCUACAACGAUUUUCCCCAUCAUCAAACUCAACAUCUAUCACCGAUAUUUAGUGAUAAUGGGGCUCGUCGAUUACUCAGAUUCGGAAUCCGAUUCUGAACCCGUAACCAAGCUCGCGCCCGCGUCGACGGCGAGCGGCAAGAGACCUUUCCAGAAAGUAGUCGAUCGCGCGAAACCAGGCAAGAUCCUUGUGAACCUCCCGCAGACCUCUUCCGAAAGUAUACCCGAAAAUGCAGCCGAUGAACCACCUCCGAAGCGCACGAGGAUAGCGGGAAAAGGAGGUGGCGCGUUUGGUGGUUUCAACUCGUUUCUGCCACCCCCAAAGAACGUCGGAAAACCUACGGUCGCAAGCAGUAGUGGGAAGCCAGCACCGAGACCUGGUGUCAAUCUGAAGACGGGUGCAGCACCAGGCUUUAGUAGGGAAACAAAUGGAGAUGACGAAGGGACUACGGAUCAGACAACGAAGGGCGACGAUGCAGAGGCGCCAGGAAAACAACCUUCUAUACCGGCAGACCAAAAACCAGCGGAAGAAGUCAAGUUGGUUGGAAAACCAUUGAUGUUCAAGCCUCUAUCAGUAUCGCGAAAACCAGGCAAAAAGACCAUAGUGAAACCCAAAGCUGUUCCUGCUCCCGUGAUACCAACACUGAAGCCAAGCAAAAAUCCACAAGCACAAGAAGCGCCAGCAGGACCGCCGGCGAAAAAACAAAAAAUAUCUCUAUUCUCCCUCCCCGAUAAGACAACAUCGGACGACACAGAAACCAUAACCCCUAGCGGUGCCUACGAACCUAUGUUCACCAACGAAGACGACACCACAAACGCCGACGAAUUCGCCGCCUACGACGCGCAAUUCUCUACCAACCUAUCCUCCGCGCCUCCAGCCAUAACCCCCAACACCGAGCCCGAAACCCUCGACUCCAUCGCAUCCUCCAUGAACCUCUCCGCAGCCGCGCGACGCGAACUCUUCGGUCGUGGCGGGGAUCCGUCCCUGCUUUCUCAAUCGAGUAAAGUCAUCAACUUCGACACGGAUCGGGAAUACGCGCAUAACGAGGCGCUACGGGCUUCGGGCCAGUUGCAACCCGCGUAUAAUCCUUUGCGCUCUGUGGCUACUGGUGGGAAGUCGAGUUUGCGGCAGCUCGUGUCCCGGGUACAGAACCAGAAGGAUGCGCUUGAGGAGAGCUUUGCGAAGGCUAGAGGGAAUAGGAACGAUGCGGGGUCGAGAUAUGGGUGGCGAUAAUCUGACACGACUCUUUCCCAGCCUCGUCUUGGUAUAUGUGUAACAGUGAAUGGAAGAGUCCGAUAAACCAGUGAGGAAAGUCUAAGGGAAUUCGGAGUUCAGGAUGGCAUCAAGCUUAAAAGCAAGCAAAAACAUCACACCGCAUGGCAUCGGCGUUACAAAAGCAUAUAAUCAAUUAUUUUCAUCAUGGAUAUCCCAAA